AUGGUCAAUAUCACGGAAAAGAUCAAGGAGAUUGAGGAUGAGAUGCGCCGGACGCAGAAGAACAAGGCGACAGAAUACCAUCUGGGUCUAUUGAAAGGAAAACUCGCCCGUCUUCGAGCCCAACUUCUCGAGCCCGUAGGCGGUGCUGGAUCAGGUGGCGGCGCCGGGUUCGACGUCAGCAAAAGUGGUGAUGCCCGUGUGGCACUGGUCGGUUUCCCCUCCGUUGGAAAGUCAACUUUCCUGUCCAAGAUCACCAAGACCAAGAGUGAGGCUGCCUCGUACUCUUUCACCACUUUGACUGCCAUUCCCGGUGUCCUGGAGUACGGCGGUGCGGAGAUCCAGAUUCUGGAUCUGCCUGGUAUUAUCGAAGGUGCUGCCGAGGGCAAGGGUCGUGGUCGUCAGGUCAUCUCUGCUGCAAAGACAAGUGACCUGGUCCUGAUGGUCUUGGAUGCUACCAAGCGUGCUGAGCAGCGAGCCUUGUUGGAGGCUGAAUUAGACGCUGUUGGCAUUCGCUUGAAUAAGGAGCCUCCCAACAUUUACCUGAAGAUCAAAAAGGCCGGCGGUAUGAAGAUCGGCUUUCAGACCCCACCCAAAUACCUCGACGAGAAGAUGAUCUACAACGUGCUGCGUGACUACAAGAUUCUCAACUGUGAGGUGUUGGUGCGAGACGAAAACGCUACGAUCGAUGACUUUAUCGACGUCAUUAUGAAGGACCACCGCAAGUACAUCCGCUGCUUGUAUGUCUACAACAAGAUCGACAGCGUCAGCCUCGAGUUCCUGGACCAACUGGCCCGUGAGCCCCACACAGCGGUCAUGAGUUGUGAGCUUGACCUUGGUGUGCAAGAGGUGGUCGAGCGGAUCUGGAAGGAGUUGAGAUUAAUGCGACUGUACACAAAACGAAAGGGAGAAGUGCCCGACUUCAGCGAGGCCCUGAUUGUGCGCCAGGACUCUACCAUCGAGGAUGUGUGUGACCAGAUUCAUCGCACACUCAAGGAAACAUUCAAGUACGCCAUGGUUUGGGGUGCCAGCGCUCGACACGUACCACAACGCGUUGGAUUGUCGCAUCUGGUAGCAGACGAGGAUGUGGUGUCAAUCGUGGCAAAAUAG